CGCGUGACGUCAGCCGGGCGGAAGUAAGCUGAGCUGUCAGAUCCGGGCCGGUGUAGCAGCCAUGGUAACCGCGGAUAAGAGGCGAUCCGGGAAGGGAGAUGUGGAAGGAGGUGACAAGUAUUCGGUUCUUCUACCGACUUAUAAUGAAAGAGAGAACCUGCCGCUCAUAGUCUGGCUGCUGGUGAAGUAUUUCGGAGAGAGUGGGUAUCUUUAUGAAAUUAUAAUCAUUGAUGACGGAAGCCCAGAUGGCACUUUGGAAGUUGCAAAGCAAUUGGAAAAAAUCUAUGGAUCUGACAAAAUCCUACUUCGUCCCAGAGCAAAGAAAUUAGGUCUGGGUACUGCAUACGUCCACGGGAUGCAACAUGCCACCGGCAACUUCGUUAUUAUCAUGGACGCCGACCUCUCCCAUCAUCCCAAAUUCAUACCUGAGUUUAUAAGGAAGCAAAAGGAGGGUAACUUUGAUGUUGUGUCUGGCACCCGAUACGCUGGAAACGGCGGAGUUUAUGGAUGGGAUUUAAAAAGAAAAGUAAUAAGCCGUGGGGCCAACUUUAUCACUCAGGUUUUACUGAGACCAGGUGCCUCGGAUUUAACCGGAAGUUUCAGAUUGUACAGGAAAGAGGUCCUUCAGAAGUUGGUGGAAAGAUGCGUCUCAAAGGGCUACGUCUUUCAGAUGGAAAUGAUUGUGCGAGCGCGGCAGCUAAACUACAGCAUCGGAGAGGUUCCGAUUUCAUUCGUGGAUCGUGUUUACGGAGAGUCCAAGCUGGGAGGCAACGAGAUAGUUUCCUUUUUAAAGGGGCUUUUAACAUUGUUUGCGACCACAUGAUCUGGACCGGAAGUCUGUUGCUGCCCCCCUUGAUUUGUACGACCAAGAUUGAAUAGGUGCUAUCAAGCGCCCGAAUAGUUAAUAUCUUUUUUUGAUUUUUUUGGAAAUAAUUUUGAUAGCGUUCUACGCACACGGACUGCCUUUUGUGCAGCAUUGCUUUUCUAGAAUAUCGAAAUCCCCGGAAUGAGUGUUUUUAUGUUGAACCGCUGUUGGGAAACGAUCUCUUCAUUAAACACGGAUUAAAUCGUG